AUGAAUAUUUAUACUUCUUCAAUCAACGAACGUUUACAAGAAAUAACGAUCGACUGCGAAAAACGACAACCAAAUGGCUUAAGAAAUGCAGUCGAUGAAUUAUUGUCGAUAUUGAAGAAUGGCCAUGAUCAUUAUAUCAAUGAUCGAAAAAUAUUAGAUCAAAUACGACAAUGGUUUGAAAAAAAAUUCGACUUAAAUCCGAGACACGUAUUCGACCAACUUUGUUCAAUGUACGAGGAAAAUUAUCUCAAAUAUUCUUUAUUACUUGCAUUUUUUUAUUUCUGGGGAAUUGGGAUCGAAGAAAAUUACAAACGAUCAUUUGAAUUGAAUAAAAAGGCAGCAGAAGAGGGUACCGAUAUAAGAUCACUAUACGAACUCGCCUGGUGUUACGAUGAAGGUGCUGGGGCAUGCAAUAGUCUCGCAAGAUGCUACCAGGAGGGGCUUGGAACCAAACAAGAUAACAAUUUGGCUGAAUAUUGGUAUUGUGAAGCCGCUGCUACGGGUGAUACUGAUUCUCAAGUUUCACUUGCAAGACGUUAUUUUAAUGGUGAAGGGGUUCCGAUGAAUAUCACGAAAGGAUUAGAUUGGAUAACAAAAGCAGCUGAAGGAGGAAGUGUUUCUGGGCAAAUUCGAUUGGCUAGGUGUUAUCGAGACGCUAUGGGGACGAAUAAAGUGGAUCACCAGAAGAUGUUUUAUUGGUUACAGAAAGCGGUCUUCUCACAUUACAACACCAUUCCUGAAGCUUCACACGCGCUUUCUGAAUGUUAUCAAUAUGUUGUUGGGACCAAUAAAGAUCUUCAUAAAUCGAUAAGUCUUUAUUGCAUGUUUGCUCAAGAGGAUACACUUUCUUACAUGAAUAUGUACGGUCAUCCUUCUACCACCUUCGCUACAAUCACCAGUUCCAGCUAUUAUGAAGCAUGGUGA